AUUUGGCGGCAUUGAAACCGCAAACCAUCAAAAAUCUUCUUUCGUUAGACCCAUCACACAUAUCUCUCUCCAAUUCCAAAUCUCUAUAUUUCCUCUCCUUUUCUCCAUUGUUCUUCCAUGAUUACUGGUGUUACCUAGUCAACAGGAUUUCAUUUUGCGUAGAUGUAACAGCGCACGAAAAAAAAGUACUAACAAUGCAGGAGGAAUUUGAUUCUUCUUCUUUAUUGCUAUCUAAUCUUCUUUGUAAAGAAAAUGAAGAUAUUUGUUUUGUCGAAGAAGAUGAUGAUGAAGAAGAAGAAAUAAAGGUCGAAGUAGAUAUACUUAUUCACAUAAACAAUUACAAGUUUUUAGAAUCAGAAGAUGAAGAAUACAUAAAAAUGUUGAUUAAAAGAGAGAAUGAUUAUAAAAAUCAUGAUUUUUCUCCAUUCGCCACUCAAGAUUGGCUCAAAUGUGCUCGUCUGGAUGCUAUCAAAUGGAUUCUAAAAACAAGGGAUUUCUUUGGGUUUACACUUCAAACAGCUUAUCUAUCCCUUACAUACUUCGAUCGAUUCUUAUCAAAGAGACCCAUUGAUGGUGAGAAGUUUUGGGCAAUCAAAUUAUUAUCAAUAGCUUGUUUAUCACUUGCUGCAAAAAUGGAAGAACGCAAAGUUCCAACAUUAUUAGAGUUUCAGAUUAAUGAAAAAGAUUAUUGCUUUGAAAGUAAAACGAUUCAAAGAAUGGAACUUUUAGUUCUGAAUUCAUUAGAAUGGAGAAUGGAUCCAAUAACUCCAUUUGUUUAUCUACAUUACUUCAUCUUCAAAUUCAGCGGUAAUGGUGAAAUACCCAGAGAUUUGUUAUCCCAAGUUUCAAAAUUUAUCUUUGCAUUAGUGAAAGGGAUGAACAUAAUGGAUCACCCGCCAUCAUCAAUAGCUACUGCAGCAGUUUUAGCAGCAUUGAAUAAGAAUCUAUCAAGACCAAUGUUAGAUCUUAAGCUGAAUUCAACUACAUUAUUUGGGUCUUCAAACAAUGAACAUGUUAUCUUUUGCUAUAAUGUUAUGAAGGAAAUAGAGAUUGAGCAGUCAAUUGCACAAAAAACUGAAAUACCUCCGGACUUGACGUCGAUUUAUCCAUCAACAUCAACUGGUGUUCUUGAGGAUUCUUGUUUAGUCUCGGCUGCUUCAAGAACAAAGAGGAGAAAGUACACAUUGGGUGAUUAUGAUCAAAAUUGUGGUCUCAUUAGUGAAAAAAGAUUUCAUUAAAGAAGAAGACCCCCCAUUAAUCUUUCGAGUGUUUUUCAUAGUUUGUGUGUGUUUCAAUCAUAUUUUAGUGUCUUACCCCAACUUCAUAAGCUUGUAAUGAAGUUGAUUACUUGUUCUUGGUUUAAUUUUUCAUUACCAAAACAAGUCCAAAUAAUUAGCAACUAGGUAACAAUUUAGUGAGAAAAAAGUCUUAAAAAAUAUUCAAAUAAAAACUGCAGAAAAAGUUCCAGUCCAUAGUAAAAAAAAAUGAUUGUAAGUUAUGGGGUGUGACUGUGA